ACGAGGCGCGUAAACUGCGAAUCUUGUGUAAUUUUGUUAUUUAACUUAUUGAAUUGGUUUUUGACACCGAUUGCACUGUUGUAUAAGUUCAGAUUACAACUCUGUUUGUAAAAAUGCAGUUAUAUGUAGACUGUAAAACGGAGAGUGAGAGUGGUGUUCCAGAGUGGGCCAUAGUGGAGCUCCAGGGCCUUAUUCAAAUGAAGAAGGAAUCUCCGACAGGGCCAACUGUCAUCGGCGACCUCCACUUCUUCAACCGCAACAAACAUCCAGUGUUAAUCCUAGGACACCAUGUCCUUAACGGAAAAGAAGUUAAAAUGGAACAACCCAUGGCGGUGAUUGAAAAAGUGACGGAUGAUUCUAAAACUCAAUAUAAAGUGAAGGCUGUGGUCAAAAAGAAAUUGAUUUUCAAAUCUAGACCUAAACCUAUUAUCUCCAAUGUUGCUGAAAGAGUUUGAUAAU